AUGAUGGACUCAACAAGAGCAAACCUCAUUGAAACCUUCCACUACCCAAUUCAACCUCCCAAACCAAGACCAAGCUAUGAUAAAUUACUCGAAUCUUUUGGAGAUGCUCGACUGGUGCUAAUUGGGGACUCGAUUCAUGGAACGUAUCAAUUCUUCGAUGAACGAGCCUACGUCACUCAGAGACUCAUUGCCGACAAAGCAUUCACCUCAGUCAUCGUCGAAGGAGACUUCCUAGAUUGCUACCAAAUCAAUCGCUACAUACACGGUGCAGUAGAAGUCUCGACUCCAUUAGAUUCCCUGAAGGAUUUUCAGCGAUUCCCUCUAUGGAUGUGGUGCAACGAAGUCAUGCUCCCAUUCAUGAAAUGGAUGAAAUCGUAG